GGGCGAGCAGCAUGUUUCCGGUAAGAACGACACAACAGUACCACUAAAAACCUUCCGGAGUCAUCCAUCGAAAGGCGGGGAACACACGCGGCAAUGGAAGCCGAGUUUCGGGAAAUCGAUGAGUUUGAGAACUGGACCGCCGUUUACCAGGAGAUCAGGCAGCAGUCCAGCGACCUACCAUGUAAGCUUGCCAAACUUCCAGAAAACAGAAGUCGUAAUCGCUACAGAGACGUCAGCCCAUUUGACCACAGCCGUAUUCAUCUACAGAUCGGGAAUAAUGACUACAUAAAUGCCAGUCUAAUCUCUGUGGAGGAAGCUCAGAGAAACUACAUACUUACUCAGGGCCCGUUACCAAACACCUGUGGUCAUUUCUGGGAGAUGGUGUGGGAACAGCGCUGCCGAGGGGUUGUGAUGCUGAAUCGUGUUAUAGAGAAAGGCUCUGUAAAGUGUGCGCAGUACUGGCCACAGCGAGAGGAGAGGGAUGCUGUUUUUAAUGACACAAAUUUUAAACUCACUUUGAUCUCAGAAGAUGUGAAGUCAUACUACACAGUACGUCAGCUGGAGUUGGAGAAUCUGUCGACUCAGGAAACACGGGAGAUUCUUCAUUUCCACUACACCACAUGGCCAGAUUUCGGUGUGCCUGAAUCACCGGCAUCUUUUCUUAACUUCCUAUUCAAAGUGCGUGAGUCGGGCUGUCUGAGCCCCGAUCAUGGCCCUGUUGUGGUCCACUGCAGUGCUGGUAUUGGCCGUUCUGGAACAUUCUGCCUGGUAGACACCUGCCUUCUAUUGAUGUCUCAAAGGAAAGAUCCAUCAUCAGUACGCAUCCAAGAGGUAUUGUUGGAAAUGCGACGAUACCGCAUGGGUCUGAUACAAACAGCUGAUCAGCUGCGUUUCUCUUACCUCGCUGUCAUAGAAGGUGCCAAAUACAUCAUGGGAGACACUUCUGUACAGGAGUCAUGGAAGGAGUUAUCGAAUGAGGAGGAUCUCCCCCCUGAAUUCACUCCUCCUCCCAGGCCACGACCCUGUCUUAACCCCCCUAAUGGCACAGGUGACCUUGUGAACUCUGACCCUGCACACUUCUUCGUUGAGACAAUAAAGAACAGCAUAGAAAUCAGUGCAAACAGUGCACCUCAGACAUUCACAGAUUUGCCAGAUCUUCGCAGACGGGCUGCUGCUGCAGCUGGUGAGGUUGGAGUUACAACGUUGCCAAGCGAACAGCCCGACAACCCCAUCAUUGCGACAGAAGCCCCUCCCAAACCUGCGCAUUCCCCUCCCAAGUCUCAACCUUCAGAUGAUGCCCAUGGAGCCUGGAGCCCCCUGCUGGCCAACGUGUGCUUGUGCACAGCACUGGUUCUAGGUGCUUAUGUCUGUUACCGCAACUAUUUCCACUGAUGCUCUUUCUUUCCAUCUCGGCUCAUCUCUCUCUUUCUCUAUCCCUCUAUCUGCUGGCUGUUGGGGGAACAGAGAGUGAGAGACAUACACAGAUACGCACUCUUUCUCAGCUGUUAAAAUCUGGAGUUUUUAAGAGGCUUUUCUCAGCCAAACUGCUGUUAUAUUUCUCCAAACACACUGUCACACACUCUUACACACACACUUUUAUAAACCGGUGUGUCCGUUCAAAACCUCAGGGCCUCACAAUUCAGGUGUUACUACCCAAACGUUACACACAGGUAAAGCAAAUCCAAAAGACUCGUUAUUGCUGCAGUAAUUAAGGGAAUUUAUGUUUAUAUAUAUGUAUUUCAAUCAUAUGUAAUUUUGCAUUUUCAGUCUGAUGACUAUCAGUGUUGGUCUUCAGAUGUUCCAAAUGGAGUUGUACAGAAGAUGAGCUCCUCUCAAAGUCAAGGGGAUGUCAUUCUUAUACAUGCUGAGCACAGACCUGCUGUACAUGAGAGUAUAUGUAUGUGUUUGUGUGUGAGAAAAAGUGUUUGUGAAGAGUCUUUGGUCUGUAAUCCGAUCAAGUGUUCUGUCUUAAAGGGAUAGUUCACCCAAAAAAAUUAAAAUAUUUUUUCAUCAGUAACACCCUCAAGUUGUUUAUAAUUCAUAUGACUGUAUUUCUUCUGUGGAACACACACACUCAAAAGAUAUUGAGCAGAAUGACAGCCUCAGUCACCAUUUACUUUCAUUGUAUUGAAAAAGGCUGAGUGAAUGAUGAAGGCUGUCAGUUCCAAGCAUUCUGCCUACUGUCGCCUUUAGUCUACCAUGGCAGAAAGUCACAUGUGUUUGGAACAAAAUGAGAGUGAGGAAAUGAUGACAUAUAUAAAAAUUUUUGGUGAACUCUGAAUUUAAAGUCAUUGUUCAACCAAAAAUGAAAAAUCUCUCAUUUACUCACCCUCAUGCCAUCCCAGAUGUGUAGAAUUUUCUUUCUUUUGCAGAACACAAAUUAAGAUUUUUAUAAGAAAAUCUCAGCUCUGUAGGCCCAUCAAUGCAAGUGAAUGGUGACCAGAUCUUUGAAGGUCCAAAAAGCACAUAAAGGAAGCAUAAAAGUAAUCAAUAAGACUUCAGUGGAUAAAUCCAUGCAAUAUGAUAGGUGUGGGUGAGAAACAGAACAAUAAUUAAAUCAUUUUUUACUCCUAAUGAAAGUUAAUUUAAACAGGCACCACAUGUGAAAGUGAAGAUUUAUAGUAAGAAAAAAAAAAGGCUGAAAUUUGUAUCUGUUUCUCACCCACACCUUGCUUCUGAUGUUAUGGAUUUAACCACUUGAGUAAUAUGUAUUACUUUUAUGUUUCAUUUAUUUGAGCUUAAAAGUUCUGGUCACCAUUCACUUGCAUUGGAUAAAUCUACAGAGCUAAGAUAUUCUUAAAUCUUAAUUUGUGUUCAGCAGAAAAAAUAAAGACAUACACAUCUGGGAUGGCAUGAGGGUGCGUGAAUGAUGAGUGAAUUUACAUUUUUGUGUGAACUUUCUCUUUAAACCUGCUGUCUCAGUGGAAACAUCCCAAACUUGCAAACUGAUCCUUCCCUCAUUUUCUCUCUCACUUUUAUUUUGUUUUAUUUUUCCCUCAGAUUUGUGUGUACCCCAAAAGUGAUACUGCCACUUCACCUGUCUGAGACAAGAAAUAAUGUAAAAUGCUCAAGCAAGUGACUGAUGCACUGUCCUCAUUCAUUCAUUCAUUUGUUGCUGUUGAGUCUUAUUCUGGCAUAUUGUUUUCCUUUUUCCUCAAAUCGGUUUCCUGCUAACCCGAUGGUUCAGAACAUUUGAAAACUUUUAUAGAACCAAAAUAGAAGUUAUGUCAUUAUUUACUCACCCACAUGAAGUUUCAAACCUGUAUAAGAAGCAAUUUUGAAGAAUGUUGACGCUGCUCUUUUUUUCCCAUUCUAUGAAAGUUAAUGUGGACUGACGUCUCAUUUUGUGUUUCACUGAAAAAAAGUCAUGAUUGUUUGGAACAAUAUAUGGGUGAAUAAAUAAUCACAGAAUUUUCAUUUUUGUGUGACCUAUCCUUUUUACCUUUGGAUGCCACAUUCAGGACAAACCUCAGUCAAAUCCCAUCCAGCCUAUCGGUUGCUGUUUCAGUGCAAUAAAAGUAACUGCAACCUUUCAAUUGAGACAAACUAGAGUUCACUGCAGGCAGCUUUGUCUCUCUUUGGGUCACAGUCUUAUUGCAGAUCUGCCUUACUUAAUUGAAACGUUCAAUUACAAUCUGGCAACCUCUGUACUGGCCCUCAUUUUCUGCAUUUGGUGGGUCUUUACUUCAGAUUUUGAGUAAACUUCUGUCUUAGAGCUCUAGCAAUUGAGAGCUCCACAUUUUACGUUUAACAAUAAACGUCUAGCACCAACAUGCCACUGUCCAAAUCACUGAGAUCAAAUUCUUUUUCCUCAUUCUGAUGGUUGAUAUGAACAUUAACUGAAGCUCUUGACCCGUAUUUGCAUGAUUGUAUGCACUGCUGCCAGACGAUUGGCUGAUUAGAUAAUCACAUGAAUGAUUGUUGGUGUCAGACGGGCUGGUUUGAGUAUUUCUGUAACUGCUGAUCUUCUGGGAUUUUCACGCUCAACAGUCUCUAGAAUUUACUCAGAAUGGCGCCAAAAACAAAAAACAUCCAGUGGUUCUGUGGACGUAAAUGCCUUGUGGAUCUGAAGGCGUAUGCUUAAAUGUUUGAAAUUAGGUUUGUAGACAAAAAUAUAAUUGUGCCACCAUAUUAAUUUAUUUCAUUACAAAACAAACAUUUAAUAAAAAAACAGUUUUUGCAAUUGAUUACUUGGACCAAAUAAUAAAGAAAAGCAGCUAAUAAGUGCUCAACAUGGAUGGGAACUCCUUCAAUACAGUUUAAAAAGCAUCCCAGGGUGAUACCUCAAGAAGUUGGUUGAACACACAUUUGACAGUUGUUCACAAAGUUAAUGUAUACAACUUUUAAUGUUAAAUAUGUACAUUUGGAAAUGAAUCUUUAUUAAUAGGUGCUGUAAAAGUAUUGUUCAUAGUUCAUGUAACUAAUGUAGUUAAAUGUUAAAGACUACCCAAGAACAAA